CUGAGCUGAGCAAACCAGUUCAGAGAUCUCAUGACUGCGGCGUAGAGAAGUGCUCACUUUUGUUUUUGGUUGUGUGCUCAUCAUGGCGGUAACACUGUGCGCUGUUUUUCUAAUGAUUGCUUCAAGUCAGGCAUACGAUGGGAACCUGUCCUUUGCUUCCUACUAUGGAGACCACAUGGUGCUGAAGAUGGCUCCAGAGAAAGCUGUGCUGUGGGGCUAUGGCCCUGAGGGUGAACAGGUCACCGUCAUCUUGUCAGGACCAGUAAAGCAGGAAACCUCACCGGUCACUGUGACAAAAGGCAUCUGGCGAGUCACCCUUGACCCUGUUGAAGCUGGUGGUCCCUACAGUGUGACGGCAGUUGUUCACAACAUGACAGCCACUCUGACAGAUGUGCUGUUUGGAGACGUGUGGCUGUGUGGAGGACAGAGCAACAUGCUUUUUGAAGUCUUUAAGCUGCUCAAUGCAUCGGAGGAGCUGGCCCAGGCAGAAAAGUAUCCCCAUGUGAGGACUUUUAUGGUGGCCUUGAAUCGGAGUGACGUUGAGCUGACUGAAUUGAUUGACGUGGAGCUUCCCUGGUCUGUGCCCACAGCAAAAAAUCUGCAUGGGUUCUCUGCAGUGUGUUGGCUCUUUGGCCGUUACAUGUAUAAGCACCUGAAGUACCCAAUAGGAAUGGUGGAGUCCUGUUGGGGAGGCACGCCGAUCGAAGCGUGGUCAUCUUCCCGAGCACUGCAGCACUGUGGACUAAUGCCGAUAGGAGCCAACCACUAUGAGAACAACUCGGUCAUGUGGAAUUCAAUGAUCCACCCGUUACUUAACAUGACCAUCAAAGGAGCCCUCUGGUACCAAGGUGAGGCGAAUGUAGAGUAUCAUCAAGACAAGUACAACUGUUCGUUCCCUGCUAUGAUUGAUGACUGGAGGAUGGCGUUUCACCUGGGCUCAGGGGGGCAGACUGCAAUCGACUUCCCCUUCGGAUUUGUCCAGCUGUCUACUGAUCAGAAAGGCUCCAAAGAUGAUGGUUAUCCCAACGUCCGCUGGCACCAGACAGCCGAUAUUGGCUUUGUCCCAAACCCCAAAAUGAAGAGGACAUUCAUGGCUGUGGCUCUGGAUUUGCCAGAUGAAACAUCUCCCUGGGGCACGAUCCAUCCCCGUCACAAGGAGGAUGUAGCCUACAGACUGACGUUGGGAGCAAGGGCAGUGGCUUACAAUGAGCCGGACGUACCCUUCCUUGGGCCGUUUCCCAGCAAAAUCACGUCAUAUCAGAUGUAUGUCAAUAUUACCUACGACCAGAUGGUCUCUGCCACAACAUCUAAAGACAUUUUUGAGAUCUGUUGCUCUGAGAUUUUAGCUCCAUGUGGGCCUAAAUCCCAAUGGGUUCCAGCUCCUAUCAUGCAGUCGGACUCCACUACUGUUAUGUUAUCUGCCAGUUUGUGUCCGUCGUCUACUGAGGCAGCUGCUCUUCGAUAUGCAUGGAGAGACUGGCCCUGUGACUUCAAAGCCUGUCCAAUCUACAGCGCCAGCAGGGUUUUGCCUGCACAUCCAUUUAUUGCCCACCGCACAACAGCUGAAGGACAUUUUUGGAUAAGGUAACUACUUGUCAGAAACUACCAGAAGGUUCUUGUUACUCUGGUAAGAAACAAAUCACUUUUGUGUAAUGUGUAACAUUCUUUUUUUGUUUUACAAAUACCUAUAAAAGACUCUAUGCUGCUGAAGCUACAGCCAAUACUUGCUGGACUGUGUGAA